AUGGCUGACCUGCAUCACAACCUCAGCCUUGCAGAUGCUCUGACAGAGCCCCCUCCUGAGAUUGAGGAAGAAGUGAAAAGGGACUUCAUUGCCACUCUGGAGGCAGAGAAAUUUGAUGACGUGGUUGGAGAAACAGUAGAUAAAACAGACUAUGUUCCUCUGCUGGACGACGACGACGCGAGAGCCGGGAGCCAGGAGGGGAAAGGCAAAGGGCACCCAGAGGGGGCUCAGGUGGAACAUACUUCAGCUUCUGGGCCAAUGGUUGUAGAAAAUGGUGACCAUGGAAUAGAAGAUCAUCACACAGUAUUCCCAGGAGACCUCAUGGAUGAGAAGCUGUCUUACAAGGAGUUCCUGGACCGCAAUGAGUCCUGGCCAGUGGAUGACAGGGAGCUGUGCCUGGAGCCCCAGCUCAUGUUCCAGCCCCUGGAGGUGGCGGCUACGGCCGCGCGAGACCCCUUCAGCAUGCACAGGGGGGAGACCCUGCCUGACUUACCCUUUCCUGCUGACAUGAAGAACGUGCCGCUCUUCACAGACCACACUGAUUCCUCCAGAGACAUCCAUGCACCACAUGGAUCUAUGGUGAUACCUGAACAACCUUUCUUGGGACCCCUGUAUUCUCCUGCAGAGGCUCUAGACCCAUCAGCCUUCAUGGGCCUGGAUUCAAGUGCAGAAUACCUGCAAGACAGAGCAGUGCCUGAAGAACACUGGAUGGGAGCUCAGCCUGAGGUGAAGGGACCAGACACUUCUUUCUUCGUUCAGCCACCAGAUGCAGUGUGUGUUCCUGGCUCAGAUGCUGUGUCUGUUCCUGCAGAAGGAGCUGGGUCCAUCCUUGCAGGAGACACCAAACCUCCUCAGGCUCUGGAUGCUGGAUUUGGACCUGCAGCAGGGGCCAACCCUUUUCAGGUGACGGAUGUUGGGUUUGCUGCUGCACCAGAAGCCAAGCCUCCUAAUGCUGCCAAUGCUGCCCCUGCCCCCGUGGCAGACCUUGGCUUCACCCCAGCAGCAGAUGCCACAUCCCACAACACUGUGGAUUUGGAGUUUGCCCCAGCAGAAGAUGCAGGAUUUGCCCCAGCAGCAGAUAUUAAACCUCACCAUGCUGUGGAUUCAGAGUUUGCCCCAGCAGCAGAUACUAAACCUCACCAUGCUGUGGAUUCUGAGUUUCUUGCCCCAGCAGCCCCUGCAGCAGAAGUCAACCAUCACCAUGCUGUGGAUUCUGGGUUUGCUGCCCUAGCAGAAGCCAAACCUCUUCCUGCCAUGGAUUCUGGGUUUGACUCUGCAGAA